AUGCCACGUCAGCAGAUCCAGGCGAUCCAGGACGCGCUCGUGGGGCUCCCCGAGGUGGAGCCGCCCGGCGCGCGACUGGCGGGGGAAGGCGUGAAGGCGAAGCACCCCGUGGUGUUCGUUCCGGGGAUAGUCACAGCCUUUCCCCCCUCUCCUCCCCUUCCCCUUAUCCCUCAUUCCCCCCCUUUCCCCCCUUCCCUUGCCCCCUUUCCCACCCUUCCCCCCCUUCAUCCCCUUUCCCCCCCUUCCCCCCCUUCCCCCCUUCCUCACCUUUCCCUCAUUCCCCCAUUUGCCCCGGCCCGGCCCGGGUGUUGGAUGGAGCACAUGUUGCUGGACAAUGAGACAGGCCUGGACCCUCCAGGCAUUCGUGUGCGACCGGUGUCAGGGCUGGUGGCAGCUGAUUAUUUCUUACCCGGGUACUUUGUGUGGGCGGUGAUCAUCGAGCAGCUGGCCAAGAUCGGUUACGAGGAGAGAAACAUGUUCAUGGCCGCCUAUGACUGGCGCCUGUCAUUUUACAACACACAGAAGAGGGAUCAAACGCUGAGUCGCCUCAAGGCCACUAUUGAAAUUCUCGUGCAGACCAACGGGGGCAAGAAAGCCGUGGUGGUGCCGCACUCCAUGGGAGUGCUCUAUUUCCUCUUCUUCAUGAAGUGGGUCGAAGCACCAGCGCCCCUGGGAGGAGGAGGGGGCCCGCGGUGGGUGCAUGAUCACAUCAGGGCCGUCUUCAACAUCGGAGGGCCACUCCUGGGCGCACCCAAGGCGUUCACUGGGCUGUUUUCAGCAGAGGCCAAGGACGUGGCGGCUAUCAGGGCGCUCGAUCCGGGGGUGUUUGAGAGCUUGCAGGCACUGCAGCAUGUGAUGCGGGUUUCCCGCACAUGGGACUCCACCAUGAGCAUGCUGCCCAAGGGUGGCGAAGUCGUGUGGGGCAACGCCACGUGGGCUCCUGAGGACUCCUUCAACUGCUCCAAGGCGCGCGCGAAGCAGCUGCAGCUGCAGCAGGCAGGGGAGAGUGGAAAUAGCUCCAAGGCAGGGGGGGAUGGCAGGGGGUUGGGAGUGGAGGGGUUUUUACGCACUCUGAUGGCUGAGGGGGCCUCCCACACCCUUUGUCUCCCCAAUUUUUCUCUCUUCAUCUCCAUUUUCCAGGUGUCCUUCGGAGCAGCAUCAGCCACACUCUCAGAGUCUCUUGUGUGCCCCUCAGAAGCCAAGGCAGCAGCCAGGGCAGCAGCAGCCACGUGCCCUGUUGCCUCCACGUGCUCAGCCACGUGGGGCGGGCAGCAGUAUGUUCUCUCAGACCCCUGUAGCUGUGCCAUGCGGGACUUACUGCCAGAGGGCGAUGACGAGUACAGUGACGAGGCUGCUUAUAAGGGGCCGGAGGGGAAGGGAGGGGCGAGUUUUGGAGGGGAGAAGGACGAGUCAGAAGGGAAGGAAGAGAAAGCGCCUGUGAGGGAGAGUCGGCGCAAGCAGUGGCAGAGGCAGCUGGAGGAAACAGUGUUUCAGCACCUGCACUCGCGCAACAAGUCGUGCGGCGACGUGUGGACGGAAUACCACGACAUGAGCUGGCACGCUCUGAAAGACAUCGCCAACUGCCCUUUUUACACCGCAGGGGACGAGAGCGACGGGCCUUCCGGGGGCAUUCUGGGGCUGCUGAGACAGGUGGCGCCCAAGACCAUGGCAAGAGCGGAUGAGAACUGGAGCUAUGGGAUCGCGGAGGACUUGAGUGAGAGCAACCUGCCCGACGCCCCUGAGAUGGAGGUGUACUGCGCCUAUGGCACGGGGCUGCUGACAGAGAGGGCGUACGUGUACCGCCUCUCGCCCUCCAACGACACGUGCCUUAUCCCCUUCCGCAUCGACGCCUCUGCCAAUGGGCCUCCUGGCCAGGCGGGGGACUGUCUGACGGAGGGGGCAUAUUUCACAGACGGCGACGAGACAGCGCCCGUGCUCUCCAUGGGGCUGCCGUGCGCCAAGCUGUGGCGCGGCCGCACGCGAUUCAACCCCGCCGCGUCGCCCACCUUCCUGAGGGAGUACGAGCACCGCCCCACCUCGGGGCUGCUGGCAGGCAGGAGCACGCAGAGCGGCAGUCACGUGGACAUCAUGGGUAACUUUGCGCUCAUUGAGGAUAUUUUGCGGGUUGCUGCUGGUGCCACGGGUGCAGAGAUUGGCGGGGAUCAGAUUUAUUCGGAUAUAUUGCACUGGGCCGAACGGGUUGGUAUAAAAUUGUAG